CUCUCUGGAGGGUUCUGAUAGCCGGAAACACUGACGUAGUACUCUGAAGAUGCAAAGAGAGGGCGAGAGGGUGAACCAGACACAACUGAGAGGAUUUGCCAGGGGUUGGCAGUCCUGAUCGGAGACUGCAGUCGGAGGUUAGGGAUGAACUGAUGUGGUCUACGUGCUCUUUUACAAGGAAGCAAGCGAGGACUUGAGGAAUCGGUGACACACACACAGCGGCCAGGCUGAAAUCCAUCUCCAGUUCAAAAAUCUGCUUAUAGAGUGUCAUGGCGUCAGUAUCAGGGCCGUCUUUACGAAUAGCCGCCCUUAUAGGCGUGGCCGUCCUCCUCUGCAUUCAGUUCACCGACGCUGCGCCCGUAUACGGCGACGAGCAGACCCAAGUGGACGAUUAUUAUGGUGAUGUGAAAGGCUGCUAUUACAACUUCCAGCAUUACGAUGAAGGGGAUCGCAUCAUUACCAAUGAACCUUGCCUUAAUUGUACCUGCCACAAUAGGAUGCUUAUGUGUUACCUACGAGUCUGUCCGUUCACGAAAGGCAUUGGACAAGACUGCACUAUUGAGAAGAAGUCCGACCAGUGCUGCCCUGUUAUCACAUGCCCUGAAGUUCCUGUACACCUGUUGACGAGCUCAACAGCAGCGACGACUUCACCGGCUCCUACCGGAUCCACCACGGCCAUCGGCCAACUCGAUGAUCACGGCUGCACCAUCGACAGUACUUUCUACACAGAUGGUGCACAGGUACCAGGAAAUCCUAGCAAUCCAUGUGAACUCUGUUACUGCAUCCGAAACAAGACGGCAUGUGUUAUGCAAGAAUGCACGUUGCAAGUAGAAGGUUGUCGGCCUGUUUAUCAGCCAGGAGUAUGUUGUCCAAUCCGAUAUGACUGUGAUUAUCUGGAUGGAACAGAGCUUCCAGAAGUUCCUGCGACAACUUUUCGACCAACACCCGGUCUCCUCCUAACCACAACCACGCCUGGACCGUUGGAUUGUCUGUUUAAUGAAGAGCUUUAUGCAGAUGGUGCCCGUAUCGAUAUUUCGAAACCUUGUGAACACUGUUACUGUAUGCGAGGAGACAUCGUGUGCGCCGUUCAAGAGUGUGGUACUCCGUUAGAACGUGAAGGAAAGAACUGUACAGCUUUACCACCACAGCCUGGCCAGUGCUGUCCUGAGCAGUAUCAGUGUGAUAAUGGAACAUUUCCAUUUGAAAGCCUUUCCCAUGAGAAGGAGGUGACAGCAACAUAUGCCGAUGUGGGUUUACCUGGAAAAGGAAGCACUUCUGCCGGCAGUGUGCAUGGUGGCAUAGAGCAUGAGAAAACUACAUCCAGUGGAGAACCAGUAACAGAGAAGGAAGAACAUGAACAAACCCAAGUACCACAAACAGCUAAUGGCGACCAAUUGCCUUCAUCAGAAAAGAAUGAACAACUGAUUCCAGAUAUUCAUGACGAAACUGUAACUCAGACAGCUGAUGAUGACCAAGAUAUAAAAGGAGUUAUACAACAAGAAACAGUAACUGACAUGAUACCAGAUAUAAAAGAUGAAGAGAAGCCCACACCAAGCCAAGGAGAAAUUCAGACCAUAGAUCACUCGGUGACCAGUGCUGAAGGAAUAACAGGAGUUGAACAAGUAGUUACAAGUUCAGAGACUGCGAAAGGAGAACAAGAAACAGCCAGUGGUUUUGGAACUGAUAAAGGAGAAGAAACACCUGAAAGUGUUGAAAAAGUAAAGGAUGACGGAAAACCAGAUACUGAUGCAGGAGGAGUGAUGGGGCUGUCUGAUAGUGACAUGGAACAAGAAAAAGUAACUGAAGAGGGAGGUGUACAACAGGCAUCAGUAACAGAAAGAUUAAGUGAUAUAGAACAGUCUGUAACUGAUAAUACAGAAAAAGAAAAUAUACCUGAGGGAGAGAAGGAGGAAGAACCAAUCAAUAUUAAUGGAUUGGAACAUGAAGUAGUAACUGAAGGGAAACAGGGUGCAGAACCACCAGUGACAAGCAAGGUAAAUCAUGAAUAUGUAACAGAAGCUGCAAAAGGUGAUGAAGUAACAGUGACAGAGGGCAUCACAAGUGAGGUGCAACCUGUAGAACACGAAGUAGUAACUGAAGGAGUGACCAGUGAACAUAAACCCAUAACAGGAAUAUCUGUGGAACAGGAGGUGGGAACUGAAAGACCAAAAGUGCAGGAACCACAUCUGGAAAAUGUACCAGUCACAGAGGGAGUAAAGGGAGAGAAACCGUCUGUAGAACAGGAAUCGGUAACUGACGGAGAGACGGGAGAAGAACACUCUGGAGAACAGGAACUUGUAACAGAGAGAAUAGGAGAAGGCUACUUUCCAGAUAAUGAACCUGUAACUGACAAAGUGAAGGAUGAAGAACCAUCUGUUGAACAUGAAUCAGUAACUGAAAUAGUUAAGGGUGAUGAACUACCUGUGCAACAAGAACAAGUAACAGAGAUAGCAGAAGAUGAAGUGCCAUCUGUGGAACAGAAACCAGUAACUGAGGUAGUGAAGGGUGAAAUACCAUCUUUGGAACAGGAACCUGUAACUGAGACAGUGAAGGGUGAACAACCAUCUUUGGAACAGGAAAUUGUAACUGAGACAGUGAAGGGUGAACAGCCAUCUUUGGAACAAGAACCUGUAACUGAGACAGUGAAGGGUGAACAGCCAUCUUUGGAACAGGAACCAGUUACUGAGACAGUGAAGGGUGAACAACCAUCUUUGGAACAGGAACCUGUAACUGAGACAGUGAAGGGUGAACAGCCAUCUGUUGAACAAGAGCCAGUAACUGAAAUAAUAAAAGUUGAAGAGUCAUCUACAGUACAUGAACCAGUAACUGAGAUAGUGAAUGAUGUACAACAAACUGUAGAGCAACAACUAGUAACUGAGGGAGUAAAAUUUGAAGAAACACCUGUAGAACAAGAACCAGUAACUGAAAUAGUGAAGGGUGAACAGCCAUCUUUGGAACAGGAACCUGUAACUGAGACAGUGAAGGGUGAACAGCCAUUUUUGGAACAGGAACCUGUAACUCAGAUAGUGAAGGGUGAACAGCCAUCUUUAGAAAAGGAGCCAGUAACUGAAAUAGUGAAGGGUGAAGAGCCAUCUUUGGAACACGAAACAGUAACUGAAGUAGUGAAGGGUGAACAGCUACCUUUGGAACACGAAUCUGUUACUGAGAUAGUGAAGGGUGAUCAAACAACUGUGGUGCUGCAACCAGUAACUGAAGGAGUAAAAGUUGAAGAACCGCCUGUAGAACAAGAGCCAGUAACUGAAGGAGUAAAAGUUGAAGAAACGCCUAUAGAACAAGAGCCAGUAACUGUGGAGGGUGAACAGCCAUCCUUGGAACAGGAACCUGUAACUGAAAUAGUGAAGGGUGAAAAGCCACCCACAGAACACAGACCAGUAACUGAGACUGUGAAUGGUAAAGAACCUUCUGUGGAACAAGAAUCAGUUACUGAGAUAGAGGGUGAAUUGCCAUCUGUGGAAAAUGAACAAGUAACUGAGGAUGUGAAGGUUGAAGAGCCAUCUGUGGAGCAGGGAACUGUAACUGAAGUAGUAAAAGGUGAAAGACCAUCUGUGGAACAUGAAGCAGUUACUGAAACAGAAAAGGUUGAAGCACAACCUGCAACAGGUGGUUUUGAACAUGAAUCUGUGACUGGGCUUGGGUUAGAAGUUGUUACAGCUGUUCCAGUAGCAGGCACUAGUAGCAGUGCAUUUGGUGGUGAUAGUGUUACUUCAUAUACUUCAGAAGGGCCAUCUGGCAUAUCUACAACUACAGAAACUGUUCCAACCCAUGGCAUUGUUCCAGGUGAAGGCAGCUGUCUUAUAAAUGGCCAGACAUUCUUGAACAACUCGGCUAUUCCGCCAGCCUCCCACUGCCAGCUAAGCUGUCGCUGUGUUAGCAGCAUUGUGCACUGCAUUUUGGUGAAAUGCUCUCCACCUCCACAGCAUCAUAGUAAUUGCAUGCCUGUUCACCAUGGUGGUGACAUAUGUUGCCCAACAUACACAUGUGAUGAAGAUAAUAAGGAGACACCUGAGUCUGAUAGUCAGAUGGCAGGAACAGAACGUCCUGGUACAACAAUAACAACGCAGGAGGAGAAAUUUGGAAACCAUAAAACAACCACCCGAGUAGAAUUGAUAUCAGAAGAGCAAUUGUAUCAGGUUACAGAAUCAUCAGUAGCUCACAUUCCUGGUGAAACUAUACCUGAAAAACCAGAAGAAGGAUCAGGACAUGUUCCUGUUGAAUUUGAUCAUCCAACAGAAAAUGUUGCUACCUUAUCGGAGGUUCCACAGACAGAAUCACCAGUACAAAAGCCUGAAGAUGUUUCUGUAGAAUUACAGACAAACAAAACUGAAGCAACUGAACCUGAACAAAAACCAGAGCAUAUUCCUGGACAAUCAGAAGAAGAUAACACAAAGCCUGUGCAUGAUCCUACAGAUUCUGGGACAGCUGAAACUGAAACACCUGAGCAAAAACCAGAAAUAGAAUCAGACCUUGGUCAUACACAAGCACAGGAACACAUUCCUUUUGAGCCUGAGACUGACCACCCAGAAAUACCUGAUAACUCUGAGAUUGACCAUUCAAAUACACCGGAGCACAUCACUAUUUCUUCUGAAAAUAGCCAUGCAGAAACACCAGAAGAGAUUCCAGAAACUGAACGGGAUCACACUGAAACACCUGUACCGAAACCAGGACAAAUCCCUGUUCAAUCUGAGAGUGAUCACACUAUAACACCAGAAGAAAAACCAGAGUCAGUAUCUGUUGAUUCUGAAGCACCCGACCAGAAGCCAGAACAUGUUCCUGUAGAACCUGAGGUGGAAACACCUGUACAUGUACCAGAAUUUAUCCCUACAGAAUCGGAGGCAGAUUAUACAGAAUCGCCUGAACAUCCUUCAUACCACACAGAAACACCUGACCUGAAACCAGACCACAUUCCUAUAGAAUCAGAAGCACAGCAUACAGAAGCACCUGAACAUAUACCAGAACAUGCUGUUACAGAAUCUGUAACUGGACAUACGGAGGCUCCCGAACAUAUCCCGGAGGAAGGUCAUUCUGAAGAACCUGAAAAAGAACAUAUUCCCGUAGGAUCAGAACCUGGACAUACAGAAACACCUGAACAUAUACCAGAACAUGAUGUUACAGAAUCUGUAACUGGACAUACGGUGGCCCCCGAACAUGUCCCCGAGGAAGGUCAUUCUGAAGAACCUGAAAAAGAACAUAUUCCCGUAGGAUCAGAACCUGGACAUACAGAAACACCUGAACAUAUACCAGAACAUGCUGUUACAGAAUCUGUAACUGGACAUACGGUGGCCCCCGAACAUGUCCCCGAGGAAGGUCAUUCUGAAGAACCUGAAAAAGAACAUGUUCCCACAGGAUCAGAACCUGGACAUACAGAAACACCUGAACAUAUACCAGAACAUGAUGUUACAGAAUCUGUAACUGGACAUACGGAGGCGCCUGAACAUGUCCCUGAGGAAGGUCAUUCUGAAGAACCUGAAAAAGAACAUGUUCCCACAGGAUCAGAACCUGGACAUACAGAAACACCUGAACAUAUACCAGAACAUGAUGUUACAGAAUCUGUAACUGGACAUACGGAGGCACCCGAACAUAUCCCGGAGGAAGGUCAUUCUGAAGAACCUGAAAAAGAACAUAUUCCCGCAGGAUCAGAACCUGGACAUACAGAAACACCUGAACAUAUACCAGAACAUGCUGUUACAGAAUCUGUAACUGGACAUACGGAGGCUCCCGAACAUGUCCCUGAGGAAGGUCAUUCUGAAGAACCUGAAAAAGAACAUGUUGCCGCAGGAUCAGAACCUGGACAUACAGAAACACCUGAACAUAUACCAGAACAUGCUGUUACAGAAUCUGUAACUGGACAUACGGAGGCUCCCGAACAUGUCCCUGAGGAAGGUCAUUCUGAAGAACCUGAAAAAGAACAUGUUGCCGCAGGAUCAGAACCUGGACAUACAGAAACACCUGAACAUAUACCAGAACAUGCUGUUACAGAAUCUGUAACUGGACAUACGGAGGCUCCCGAACAUGUCCCUGAGGAAGGUCAUUCUGAAGAACCUGAAAAAGAACAUGUUCCCACAGGAUCAGAACCUGGACAUACAGAAACACCUGAACAUAUACCAGAACAUGAUGUUACAGAAUCUGUAACUGGGCAUACGGAGGCACCCGAACAUAUCCCGGAGGAAGGUCAUUCUGAAGAACCUGAAAAAGAACAUAUUCCCGCAGGAUCAGAACCUGGACAUACAGAAACACCUGAACAUAUACCAGAACAUGCUGUUACAGAAUCUGUAACUGGACAUACGGAGGCUCCCGAACAUGUCCCUGAGGAAGGUCAUUCUGAAGAACCUGAAAAAGAACAUAUUCCCGCAGGAUCAGAACCUGGACAUACAGAAACACCUGAACAUAUACCAGAACAUGCUGUUACAGAAUCUGUAACUGGACAUACGGAGGCACCCGAACAUAUCCCAGAGGAAGGUCAUUCUGAAGAACCUGAAAAAGAACAUGUUCCCGCAGGAUCAGAACCUGGACAUACAGAAACACCUGAACAUAUACCAGAACAUGAUGUUACAGAAUCUGUAACUGGGCAUACGGAGGCACCCGAACAUAUCCCAGAGGAAGGUCAUUCUGAAGAACCUGAAAAAGAACAUGUUCCCGCAGGAUCAGAACCUGGACAUACAGAAACACCUGAACAUAUACCAGAACAUGCUGUUACAGAAUCUGUAACUGGACAUACGGAGGCUCCCGAACAUGUCCCUGAGGAAGGUCAUUCUGAAGAACCUGAAAAAGAACAUAUUCCCGCAGGAUCAGAACCUGGACAUACAGAAACACCUGAACAUAUACCAGAACAUGCUGUUACAGAAUCUGUAAGUGGACAUACGGAGGCUCCCGAACAUGUCCCUGAAGCAGAUCAUUCUGAAGCACCUGAACAUAAACCAGAACACAUUCCUUCAGAUUCUGAAACUGACCAGACAGAAGCACCAGAACAUGUUCCUACAGAAAUGGACAUCUUAAACACAAAAGUGCCCGAACGUGUCCCUGAGACAGGCCAUUCUGAAAAACCUCAAUAUAAACCAGAGCAUGUUUCUACAGAAUUUGAGCUUGAACAUACGGUAGCACCUGCUCCUGAGUCAGAACAUGUUCCUGUGGAAGUAGAAGCUGACAAUACGAAAGCACCUGACCAUGUCCCCGAGGUUAGCCAGUCAGAAGGGCCAGAACAUGUGCCAGAACACAUUCCCACAGAAUCAGAAACACCAGAACAGAAGCCACAACAUAUUCCUUCUAUAGUUUCUGAUUUUGAUCACACUGAUUUACCUCUUCAGAAACCUGAGCAAAUCCCUGUAGACUCUGGAAGUGACAUAACAUUAACUCCCAUACAUGUACAAACUGAAAUAGGACAUGAUAUUGUUCCAACAGUGAAACCCAUACAUGGACUUGUAACAUCUGCAGAUCACACGGUUUCUUCUAUAGAACAUGGUAUAAUUCCUGGUGAAGGAAAUUAUAGUGCUCAUGAAACAACAAAAUCACCAGUGACAAGUGUUUCUGAUCACAAAGCCACAAAUAUAUUUGGAGCAUCGGUGACAACAGAAAACUAUCCACAUGAAAGCCCUGGAGGAUUUCACUUUACGACAGCACAGAUAAUUCCAUCAGAAAAGCCAACAACAGGUCAUCACUUUUCAACUGAAGAGCCACUUGGAGGAGGAGAAGGAGAGGCAAAUAUUCCAUCUUCAGGUGGUGCUUAUCUCCCACCAUCAUCUGGUGGUUCAGAUUAUGAUGAGGAUGAUGAGCAAGCUGCCUUUGGACCUGGCACCUGCCGCUAUGGUGGAAAAGUUUAUGUGUCAGCACAGCAGAUUCCCAGGGAUGACCCUUGCGAUUUCUGCUUUUGUUUCCGUAGUGAUAUUAUCUGUCUUCAACAGAGUUGUCCGCCACCAAUUAAAGGAUGUCAUGAAGAACCAAUUCAAGGUUUCUGUUGCCCUCGUUAUGAAUGUCCAGUAUCCAUGGCAACCUCCGUGAAUGUGACAACAACUACCACUACUACCACUACAACGCUGCCCCCACACUUUUUUUCACACGCGUACAAGGGAGUAGCAUCACGGACAGGGUGCCAGAUACAAGGACAAGCAUACAGAGUGGGUGAAAUAGUUCGGUCAGCAUCAGGGCCCUGUCUGACCUGUAGAUGCGGAGGAGAUGGUCAAAUGAAAUGCGAUCCUAAAGUGUGCAGUCCAGAACCUAUGUUGAGGAAAAUGAUUGAGGCAGUAUCUACAAGACGGAGAUGAAGUUGAUCUUUUUUUGUGAACUUAAUUUGCGUGCUCAAUCCUCUCCCUGCGAGCAGGGGAGAAAGUUUGUUUCUUCAGCAACUACGAAGGUUGCAGAUGACAUGUUGUGAUGGUGAGAGUGAUAAACCCAACUCCAGCAUUACAUAGCUUGCCUCUGGCAGCAUAUGAACAGUUUGCAAAAUGCAGUGUGAAUGGCCAUGAAGAAUGCCAGUAGACAUUUCUUUCAAACAAUUAAAAUGGGUGCCAAAAUGACAGGACAAAAAGAGGAAGAGAGAGAGUGUGCAAAAGAUUUUCAUACUAACUGUGCCUUUUCUCUAAUUCCUCCCUAAAUCCUUUCAAUCUUUCUGUCUUCCAGUCUAUCAUUUUGCAGAUGUAAAGACAGUAUUUACAUCAAAUGCAAGACAGUGACUGACUGAUGACUACUUAUUUGGGUAAUUCAAUGAAUCUAGAAAUACUCAACACAACUGCACAACUUGACAAAACAUGCAACGUGUAACAAACCAUGUGAUCCUUAGACUGAUUCUCUAGAAACUAAAUUGAAUGUGUGUCAUAGGACUCUGUAUAUCUUAUGUUUUUGCCUCAAACAUUUCUUCUCUUCAGAGAAUAUUACAGGUUAUUUACAGUUGAGUAACACAGGAUGUUGCACGUCACUAAUUGUACAUUGACUUUGGUCAUGGGUUGAUAGAAGGAAUUAUGCAUCCUUUUGUCACGAAUGCUGAAUGACAUCACACACUAUAAAUAGCUCAAAAAAAAUUAUAGAUUUGCAUAUUUUCAUAUUAUGUGUUUCAGUCACACAAACAUUUAAUUUAUAAUUUAGAUGUGAAAAAGUUUGACGUGUACAUUUAAUAGUAAGCUGUUCUGGCUUCAGCUUCGUGACCAAUAAUUGCCUGAGUUGUUUGACAGGUAGAAAUAUAGAGAAUUUGGUUCUGAUUCUUUUUUAUAUAUAUAUUUUUUUGUAGUAAAAUACAUUUCUACCUCUUGAACAUUUAGGUUUGGAACAUAUGUACAUUUUUGCAUUAUGUCCAAGUUUAUCACUUAAGUACUAGUAAUUUUAGUAUUUAUAUAUAAAUAUAUAUACAUAUGUAAUUAUGUGACCCUUGGCCAGUGAUUUUUUCACAAAAUUGAAUAAUUUAUAUGUUAAUUGGGAAUAAUAAAUUAUGUUCAAUUUUGUGUUCAAAAUCAUACUUUCAGUAUCUGACUGCUGGCUGAGGAAGUACACACAAAAGAUAAAUCCAAUUCCCCCAUUUUUACAAAUAAAAUUUUAUACAGUAAAA